CCUCCGGUCCGGUGUGCGACACCGCUACAUCCACAGUGCGAAGGGUUUGGUGACUGGUACAUCCAUCCAUCGUCAUAUAUCCUUUGCAUCCUUUGCAGUGCCAACCUCUCGUUCUCCCUCUCCUUCCUCUAAUCGUCGAUCAUAUGGCGUCCUCUUCUGCCGCUCUCCUCGCGGUGCUCGUCGUCGUGAGCUGCGCGGGCAUGGCUGCGGCCACGUCGUACACCGUCGGCGACACCAAGGGCUGGGUGACCGGCGUCGACUACUCCGGCUGGACCAGCGGCAAGUCGUUCGCCGUCGGCGACACGCUAGUGUUCAGCUACGCGAGCAAGGUGCACACGGUGACGGAGGUGAGCCAGGGCGGCUACACGUCCUGCUCCGGGAGCAACGCGCUGGCCAACGACGACAGCGGCGCCACCACCGUCACGCUCGCGACCCCCGGCACGCACUACUACAUCUGCAACAUCCCCGGCCACUGCGCCAGCGGCAUGAAGCUCGCCGUCACCGUCGCCGGGGGCGGCUCGUCCCCGGGAGGCUCCACCCCGUCCGGCGCCUCCGCCGGCGGCUCCCUGGCCCCGGCGAUGGGCGCCGUCGUCGCCGCGGCGGCGGGGGCUCUGAUCAAGGUGGCGCUGUUCUGAACGUCGGCGGGCGUGCCAGGGCAGAGGCAGUGCAGGUCAUCGGUCGCUUUCGAGGAUUUCGAUCGUCUUAAUUUCCGCUAAGUUUUUUGGGGGGCGCCGUUCUUUGACGCGCACUCGUGUCGUGUAUGCACGUUGGUGUGUGUGCCUCCCGGUUUUACGUCGUGCCUGAGCAUUAUGGAUUGUGCGUUUUGUGACGAAAUACUUUCUUUUGCUGAAGAGUUCUGCGUAAUAAAAGUACUUUGUGCAAGAAAA